GUAUUUCUCUUUGCACUCGGGAUUGUUUGUCGUGGUUUUAAAGUAUGAACAAAGACGAUUUUACAGUAGGUCGGGGUAGAAGACCAGCGGUUCCCGAUAAAGUCGACAUGUCAUUAGAUGACAUCAUUCGGUUGAACAAAAAAGAGCAACAGCUGAAAAGGAGACAGGCCACGGUGAAUCGCCGACCAGUCAAGAAGAAAGGCCGUUUCACUCAAGGAAAGGGGGUUCCACCGCGGACUUCUGGACCAGUCCAGAGAGGAGGUGGCGUACCCCGAGGAGGAGCAGCUAAAUUAAGAAACAGGAGGGUCCCUCCCCUACCGGGUCGACGACGGGGUCAGGGAGUUAUCACAGGACUGGCAGCCAGGAGGCCAGCUGUCCUGCUCAAACGAGUCGGCACAUUCAACAGAGCAGCAAUCAACCAGAAAACAAGACAGAAAACAAGGCCCUUCAUUCAACGCACUGAAGCCCAGUACAGGAAGCCAGAGGUUCAGAGGAGGCCGUACAGGCAGCCUGAUCCACAGAGAGGCCAGAAUGCGACAUCAGUCAGGAGACCGUUUCAGCUACGACGACGACCGCUUCCACCUGUCCAGCAGACUCAGAGGGAAGCACGCCAGGCCACAUUUCUUUUUCGCAGGGGACUUAAGGUACAAACCCAGGUGCAAAAGCAAAAUCCUCGCUCUCCUCCAGUCAGAACUCGCCAGUGGCGCACAUCAACAACAAGUAGCGGGAUCUUGACUGUUUCAAUUGACAACCCCACAGCCAGGACUCAACCUGAGCCUCCCACUGCUUGGACCCUGCAUCCCCCAGCUGGCAGCUCUGCUCCUGUCAAAGUGGAAACAGUGGAGAAGAAAAUACCAAAAGGAGUGCCUCUACAGUUUGACAUCAACAGUGUUGGGAAACCAGUGAGGGCGUGCUACUUUAGAUUUCCAUAUGGUCUAAUAUACAGCAAACAUCGAUGACCUUGAAUGAGCGAUUCCGCAUCCUGAAAGAUCAGCGCACCACCAUAGCACAAAGCAGUAAAGGCAGCCGAUUUGUUACUGUGGGUUAGCCGGCUAAAGGACAUUGACAACUAAUACGUGGAAGCUCCUUUGUCCCGUUCCGACCCACACGGUGAUCCCCACCUUUCUAAUGGAUGGGACAGUGCUGACCCGCUCAUUGACUUUACUAACGGGAGGGAGGGCACAACUGUUCAACGGUGAGAACUCAAGUGUGCAAGUGUCAGUGGAAGAGUUGGUUUGAAAUAAGUUCCCAUUCAUUGUCCAUAUCGUUGUAUGCAGCUGUUUGUAUUGUGGAUGUCCUAUACUGGGAAGAAAACACCCCCCCUCCCCUUGGGCUUGGAACUGUUGGCCCAAUUAUGAAGACUGAUUGGAAGUAUUUUUGUCAGAGGACGGCUCUGUAUUUACUAGGGUGGCACGUAUGUUCUCGAUACCUUUUUUUUGAGAAUUGUUUUCUAAUGUUUCUUCAAAUAAAUGAGUUUCGCUUUAAAGA